AUGAAGAUAUCAGUCGCGUGGAUUUUGGCGCUUCUGGCAUCCUUCCACAACUGUGCGGGUGUAUACCUUGACGUUAACAACACGGCGUCGAUCUAUAAUGCUACGGCCCUUGUCGCGGAAGGUUUGCUGGACUAUUAUACGGGAUUACAAUACGGUCAGCCGAUCGGUAUGUUCUCGAAUCCAUACUACUGGUGGGAAGCUGGUGGCGCGUGGGGGUCGAUCUUGGAUUACUGGUGGUACACUGGAAACGACACUUUCAACGGCAUACUGAAGCAAGCGUUGUUGGCGCAAACAGGUGAAAACAACGACUAUGUGCCUUUGAACCAAUCGGUAACUGAAGGUAAUGACGAUCAAGCGUUUUGGGGGCUUGUUGUGAUGGCUGCCGCUGAAAGAAACUUCGAAAAUCCUUCGUCGGACGAACCACAAUGGCUCUAUCUGGCCCAAGCCGUUUUCAACACCAUGGCGUUGCGGUGGGAUGAUGAUACUUGUGGUGGUGGCCUGAGGUGGCAGAUCUUCACUUGGAACUCCGGUUAUGACUACAAAAACACAGUCGCAAAUGGCGCGCUUUUUCAUAUUGCGGCGAGACUGGCGCGCUACACCGGCAAUCAGUCAUAUGUAGAUUGGGCCGAAAAAGUCUUUGACUGGAUGAAGGGUAUUAAUCUUUUAACCGAAAACACAGGCGGCAACAACUUUGUAUAUGAUGGUGCCAAAGUCGAGGGAAAUUGCAGCAACAUCACACGUCUAGUCUGGACUUAUAAUCAGGGCCUUUUGAUGUCUGGAUCAGCAUAUCUGUACAACAUGACAGAGGAUGAAAAGUGGCAUACAAGAACAUGGGAGUUUUUGAAUUCUUCGAAUAUUUUCUUCAACAACAGUGUCUUGUAUGAAGUAACCUGCCAAGCUGGUAAAACUUGUAAUACCGACCAACGUUCUUUUAAAGCCUACUAUUCUAGAUUCUUAGGACUGACCGCACAGCUGGUUCCUGCUGCGCGGGAAAAGAUUAUGGAUUGGAUUCGGACUUCUGCUCAAGGAGCUGCACAAUCUUGUUCUGGAGGUUACGAUGGUCACACUUGCGGACAAAACUGGUUUUAUGGUGGAUGGGAUGGAUUUUAUGGACUUGGUGAACAGAUGGCUGCGUUGGAAAUCAUGCAAAAUGUCUUAUGUUUGCAAAAGCCGGCCCCUUACACCGCAAAAGACGGGGGCACAUCGAUAGGAAAUGGUGCGGCAGGUACAGAGACACAGGCUUCAAACUUGAGCCCGCUAACUAUUACAGCCGGCUCUCGUGCCGCUGCCGGUAUCAUUACAGCGGUCAUUGGACUCUCAAUCGUUGCAUGCACUGUAUGGUUGGUUGUUUAA